GACCCCUUUAUUGUGAUCAAGAUGAUAUGUAACGUUAGUAGACUUAUUGGAAUAAAUAAGAUGUAAUCCUGUACAUACAAGUGCAGCGCCUGACAGCGGAGAUCCUGUCACGUGAUUGGUCGGUGCAGCGGGUGACGUCGGUUAUCGUUGCGGAGCUGUUUCCCCACUUGACCGGUAACUGCCGGGAUCCCGCAUAUUUCACUGCUGCGCAAGAGGGGCCACAGGGAGACAGACAGGAAGACACACCCCCACGGGGGAAGUAUCGUAAUCGGGGCAAACACACAGAUCUGGAUCCCUAAUACUAUCAGACACCCUACCCGAGGGAGAAAACUUACCAGCCUCCGCCAGUGAUGGAGCCGGACACGCAGUGACCCCGCACCGCUACACACCACGUCCGCACACCCGGCCGCCCGCAGCAGCGCACACACCCUCUCCGGAGCCCAGAUCACGGCUGCCGAGCGGGAUGCAGGAGGAGCGUGGGCAAGCGGAUGACAAGCCUGCAGACGAGCCGGUGGAUGAGAAACAAGAGCUGGGGGAGGAGGACGGGCAGCAGGCAGCGAAAGCCGGAACAGCCUCUCCCCGGGACAGCAGGAGCGACUCGGACAGCGUGGAGAGCAGCGACACCCCGACCCCACCGACCUGUAAGAUCUGCUUCCAGGGCUCCGAGCAGGGUGAGUUACUUAACCCAUGUCGCUGUGAUGGAUCUGUGAGAUACACACAUCAGCUAUGCUUAUUAAAGUGGAUUAGUGAGAGAGGAUCGUGGACCUGUGAACUGUGCUGCUAUAGAUAUCAUGUCAUAGCAAUUAAAAUGAAGAAACCAUGUCAGUGGCAGCGCAUUACGGUGACGCUGGUGGAAAAGGUUCAAAUGAUUGCUGUAAUCCUUGGAUCAUUAUUCCUAGUAUCUAGUGUGACAUGGCUUCUGUGGUCAGCACUUAGCCCUUUGGCAGUAUGGCAAAGAAGGGACAUCCUGUUUCAAAUAUGCUACGGCAUGUAUGGCUUCAUGGAUCUUGUGUGUAUAGGUUUAAUUAUCCAUGAAGGAGCUGCUGUGUAUAAGGUCUUCAGAAGAUGGAGAGCAGUGAACUUGCAUUGGGAUGUGUUGAAUUACGACAAAGCAACAGACAUAGAGGAGAGCAGCCGUGCAGUGCCUUCAACCAGUAGGACAUUGUGGCUACCCCUGACAGCAUUGCGAUCCAGGACCUUGGUUAAUCCUACACAGUUAAGCUCUCCCCGAUUGCAGUGUGGCUAUUUACUGCUACAUCUGUUCAACAGAAUGAGACCUACUUCAGAGGACUCCAUAGAGGACAAUAAUUCUGGUGAGGUUGUUAUGAGAGUGACUUCAGUAUAAGGAGGAAAAUGGUUCUCAGUAAGGACGACUACAACAUUCCCCCAGCUGUGGACAGUGUUUUUGAAUGUUGGUGCAAUGAACCCAAAGCACUUUUAAAGUAUUUAAAUAUAUAAUAAAACAUUUUUUAACUUUAUUCUUUUUUAUAGAAGCUGUUAUAUUAAAAAUACAGUUUUCAGAUUCUAAA